AUGGCGCUCGAGCCCACCAUCAGGCCGUCCUUGGAGAACGCCAUCCCCACCCACCCGGAGUUGUACAUCGCCGAGAGCAUCACCCGCAGCACGUUGUCCCCGUCCUGCGCGUACUGCACCAUCGCGCUCCUCCUCUGCCGCCGCCGCGGCCUCUGCCCGCCUCCGCUCCUCCUCCCGCGGCGCUCCUCCGCCCGCCGCAAAACGCCACCGCGGCCUCCGACCGCCUCCGCUCCUCCUCCCGCCGCAACCGCAGCCACCAUCACGGCCUCCGCCACCGGCCCACCGGCUCGCCGCGCCGCCGCGUUCCUCCGCCACCGGCCGGCGGCCCGCUGCGCUCCUCCGCCGCCACGGCCUGCACCACCGGCCGCCCGCCCGCCGCAGCCACCGCGUCCCUCUCGCGCCGCCUGCCGCGAUCCUCUGCCGCCGUGGCAUGCACCUCGAGUCCUCCCUAGGAACCACCCACAGCACCCACUAUCCCGCUCCAAGCAUGGCAGCAGCGGCCUCGACGCCGUCUGA